AUGUCAACUUCUGAAGAAUUUGGAUCUGCCUCAUCAUUAAUUUCAACCGAAGUAUCUCGAGUUACUGUUCGCGUACCUCCUUUUUGGCGUCAAAAUCCUAAACUUUGGUUUCGCCAACUGGAAUCUCAAUUUGUAACCUUCGGUAUUACGUCAGACACAACAAAAUACAACACAUUGGUUGGAUCUAUAGAGAGCAACAUCCUAAAUCAUGUUAGUCAUAUCGUUGAAGCACCCCCAGCAGAACACAAAUAUGAAACUCUUAAAUGUUCCCUGUUAAAUGAAUUUAUUGAAUCCGAAGAGAAAAGACUUCGUCAACUUUUGGAAAACGUAAGUGUUGGCGAUAAAAAACCAUCCGCACUUUUACGAGAAAUGCGUGCAUUAGCUUCGGGCAAAGUUUCUGUAGAUUUACUCAAGACAUUGUGGAUUCAACGUCUUCCAAAUACAACAAAGGCAAUAUUAUCAGUUAGCAAUGAUACAAUCGAUAAAUUAUGCUUAAUAGCUGAUAAAAUUCAUGACCAGUCUGACCCCACAAUCAACGCUGUUUCUGUAAAUAAUGAUGAACGAAUCUCAAACCUAGAAAAUACAAUUCAAGAAAUAUUUUCCAAAUUAGAUGCUCUAUCAAUUGAUAAUCACCGUCGAAAUAGAAGUUCUUCAAGGAAUUUGUCAAGAAAUCGAACUCGUUCUCCAUCCGAAAAAUCAUUUUGUUGGUAUCAUCAUAAAUUUGGGUCUCGUGCGACCAAAUGUCGCUCACCAUGUUCCUAUAAAUUAUCGGAAAACAUCUAG